GAGAGCAGCUUCCGUCAAACAGGGGAGCAMUGUGCUUUCCCUGGAGUCUGCCCGGCUGCUUUUAAACUCCUUUUUCUCGAGACGGUGCACCCGUAGAGGUUGUGCCUCCUGUCCCUGAGAUGCUCCGCACCUUCACCCUGACAUUCAUGGAAUGGUUUGGGUUGGAAGGGACCUUAAAGCUCRUCCAGUCCCACCCCUUGAGAUGAAGGGAUGGGAUCCACCUGGCAGCCACUCUGCUUCAUUAGGCUGCAGCAGCUGCUAAUUAAGCUCCAAAGAGCUCCAACCGGGCUAUUUCAGCGCUGUUGUGAAACGCAGCCGGUGCUGCUGGUGCGAGGAGGCUGCGGCUGCUGCGGGCGCUGCCGGUGCCAGCCGGAGCUGCUGCGGGGGCACUCCCAGGAGCUGAUGGAUUUGUGGUAGCUGGCUCUGCAGGGGCUGGAAGGAGCAUGGUUAAACACCAACCCCUGCAGUACUACGAGCCCCAGCUAUGUCUGUCCUGUCUGACCGGGAUCUACGGCUGCCGCUGGAAACGGUACCAGCGGUCACAUGAUGACACCACCAAGUGGGAGCGCCUCUGGUUCUUCAUCCUCACCUCAUCCUUCUUCCUCACCCUGGUCUGGUUUUACUUUUGGUGGGAGGUUCACAAUGACUACAAUGAAAUCAACUGGUUUUUAUAUAACCGAAUGGGAUAUUGGAGUGACUGGUCCAUUCCAAUCCUUGUAACAACUGCUGCUGGCUUUACCUAUAUUACAGUGUUGUUGAUCCUGGCACUGUGUCACAUAGCUGUGGGACAGCAGAUGAACCUGCACUGGCUGCACAAGAUUGGCCUGGUGACAACCUUGAUAACUACUGUGGUGACCAUGUCAUCGAUAGCUCAGCUUUGGGAUGAUGAGUGGGACAUGGUAUUUAUUUCAUUGCAGGCCACAGCCCCUUUCUUGCAUAUAGGAGCCCUGGCAGCAGUGACAGCACUGUCGUGGUUGGUGGCAGGGCAGUUUGCACGGACAGAGAAAGCCACUUCCCAGAUGCUGAUGUUCACUGCUUACCUGGCAGUUGUAGUUGCACUUUACCUUGUCCCCCUCACCAUCUCCUCCCCCUGCAUCAUGGAGAAGAAGGCUCUGGGACCCAAGCCAGCCAUCCUAGGGCACCGUGGGGCACCGAUGUUGGCACCAGAAAACACUCUGAUGUCCUUCCAGAAGGCAGUGGAGCAGAAGGUGUAUGGAGUCCAGGCUGAUGUGGUAUUGAGCUAUGAUGGGGUGCCCUUUCUGAUGCAUGACAAGACUCUCAGGAGAACAACAAAYGUGGAGGAAGUGUUUCCAGAGCGGGCCUAUGAGCACUCCUCCAUGUUCAACUGGACUGACCUGGAGAAGCUCAAUGCUGGAGAGUGGUUCCUGCAGAAUGACCCUUUCUGGACAGCGGGGUCUCUCUCAAGAGCUGACUACUUAGAGGCUGCCAACCAGUCAGUCUGCAAGCUAGAAGAUAUGCUGGAGGUGAUCAAGGACAACACAUCCCUCAUCCUGAACUUCCAGGAGCUGCCAGCAGCUCAUCCCUACUACAGCACUUACAUCAACAUCACCCUGGAAACCAUCCUGGCAUCGGGAAUUCGGCAGCAGGCUGUGAUGUGGCUGCCAGACACGGAGAGGCAGCUGGUCAGAGAGGUUGCUCCAGGUUUCCAGCAGACUUCUGGCCUCAAGCUGGAUGCAGAGCGCUUGAAGGAGAAGGGCAUUGUGAGGCUCAACCUGCGGUACACCAAGGUCACGAAUGAGGAUGUCAGGGACUACGCCAUGGCCAACCUGAGUGUGAACCUGUACACGGUGAACGAGCCCUGGCUGUUCUCCAUCCUGUGGUGCGCCGGCGUCCCCUCGGUCACCUCUGACAGCUCCCACGUCCUCCGCAAGGUGCCUUUCCCCAUCUGGCUCAUGCCUCCAGACGAGUACCACCUAAUCUGGAUCACGUCUGAUCUCAUUUCAUUUCUCGUAAUUGUAGGAGUUUUUAUAUUCCAGAAGUGGCGCCUGGGAAGCAUCAGGACCUACAACCCGGAGCAGAUCAUGCUCAGUGCUGCUGUCCGCCGCUCCAGCCAGGACGUCAAGAUCAUGAAGGAGAAGCUGAUCUUCUCAGAGAUCAACAAUGGCGUGGAGACCACAGACGAGCUGUCCUUCUGCUCCGAGAAUGGCUAUGCCAACGAGAUGGUGACCCCCACGGAUCACCGGGACACCAAGCUGCGGAUCAGCUGAGGGCUCUGCUCCAGCAGCGAGAGCCGUGCUCUCCUGCUUCCCAUGGGAUGGGAACCUCUGAGGAACUGCUGGUCGGGCACAAACCCCGUCCCACUCCCCACCACUGGCUGCUCCACCUCCCUGGUUGUGAGGCUGGGGGGCUUAUUUUUGUAAAUAUGUAGAAAAUCUGAAAUUUUUUGUCUUUUUUUUUUUUUUUUUUUUUUUUUUUUUUU